AAAACUAAUUUUCGAAAGAUGAAUAUGAAAUGUAUAGUGUAGACCACAGAACUUAGAAGGUCACUUUUAAAAUAAUUUGGCGAUAACUUGUGGAAUGCAUACUGAUACUGAUAGCUCGUGAGAACUGAAGAUGGGUAAUAUAAUUUGUCAAGCACAGACUGUGGGAUUCCUUGAUACUCCUAAGCAUUUGAAUCGGCAUAAACAACAAACAAGAAAAAUUCAGUUGUAUACAAAUAAUUGGAAGAAGGUAUGGAAUGAAAAUGAGAAUAGUACAGCAGAGUGCAGCAUUGUAUACCAACCUAAACAAGCUUCAGGACUACAGGUGGCACCUAAUUCUACAAGUGAAGAGUUUUCCUUAGCUGAAGAGAAUUAUUAUGAAGAUAACAUAAUGACGGGACAUUUGGGCUCAACUACAGAUGAGGAUCGUGAAAACCCAACAGACGAAGAAUUAUUUGAUUCUGAUAGCCUCUUUUCUUGCAUGGAAAACCUCAGUUUUUCUCAAAGCAAUUCAGUCUUGUCCUCAUCAAACAUGCUAUUCAGCUGUAAUAAAAGUAAUAGUUAUCUUUGUGUUUCUUCCACUCCUCUUCAUAAAGAGCAAGUACAAAGAGUAAAUGGCUCUCUUCAACAAACUGAAUCAAGUGAUUGUCCAGAUGUUCUGUUGUUGGAGAAAUUGAAGACCUGUUUUGAUGAGGAGCGAAUUAAAGACAUUUAUGUGCUGAGUGGACGUAUACAAGAUAUUCUGAAUCCAGAAGAAAUUGAAGAAGUUCUUGCACAUUGUGGUGUUUAUUCUGAAUAUAUUGAUGAUGAAUUAUUGGAAGCAUUUUCAUUUGCACAUUCUGAGCUAAAUUCAUUUAAUGAAAAUGAGAAAAUUAAGUGCCAUAGUGAAAAUAAAGGGUACAAGUCUCAAAAGAAAAAAACAAUUCAUGCAGAUAAGAGUCAGAUUAUUGAUGUGAAAAAUGACAUAAGAAUCAGAGCAAUUUUUGAGGGUUAUAGAAAGAGAGAGAAGGGCAAACAGAAGGUAAAUUGUACAUUAAUAGACAAAACAAAAAGAAAAGAUAAAUACGUGUGUUUCUCUCCUAGUACCUAUGCAUUUUUUGAAGAAAGUUUUAAUAAUUCUUCAACAUUAAGGAAGAUUUUGCCAGAACUGGAAACUACAUUUCCUUCUGAUGCUAAUACCUUAUACAAUCAACCUACUGCUGGAAAUAGGGUUUUUAAAAAUUCAUCAGCCUAUAAUUGCAGUAAAAUAAACCAAAAUAUAUCUAUAAAGAAAAAAGAUAAUUCAGACAGAAGUGUUGAAAUGGAAGAACUUUCACAAUCUAUUAAAAGCACAUCAAAUAAGGACUUAAGGGACUUUGAGAAUUCUUCUAGGAAUGCUUGUAUUGAAAAUGAAUGUGUAUCACCUGAGGAGAAUUCUGAAAAAACAAAUAGGUAUAAUUCUGUUCGUAUUGAAAACAACAAAAGUGAAUACGUUCUUGAAACAGCACACUUGGGCACAAACAGAUUGGUGUUGGAACAUACAGAAGCAGAAGAACAUAUUCGGAAUUCGAAUUAUUUGAGUAACACUGAUACACAUCAGAAGCCAGAAUCCUCACCAUGCCUUACAACAGGUGAAAAAAAUAAAAUACAAGUUUAUCCUGAUACACUUGAGUCAGAUACCAAGAGUGUUGACCAGAUGGUUUUCUUGCCAAGUAAUAAUAGAAAUAAUGUAGACAUAAUGUCAAAUGCUGAUGAUUUGGUAACGUCAAAUGAUACUGAUUUCCCAGAUGACUUGGAUGAUUCUUUUACAAAACGUUUGUCUGGCGAACUAAUUCCUGAACUGACAGCUGCUGAAGAAAUUGCAAAUGAGAGGAAUUGGAGGACUUUUAUAUUUGGUGGAUUAGAAAGGAAAAUUGAUGUCAAAGUUAUUGAGCCAUACAGAAAAGUCCUGUCUCAUGGAGGCUAUUAUGGCCCUAACAGAAAUGCCAUCGUAAUAUUUAGCGCUUGUUACCUUCCAGACCGAAGCCAAUGUGAUUAUGACUAUAUAAUGGAUAAUUUGUUUUUAUAUCUUCUCAAAACAGUAGAAGAGUUGGUUGCUGAUGACUAUGUGUUGGUGUACCUUCACGAUUCCUCUAGGCGAAGUAACAUACUGAACUUAAAAUGGCUUAAGCAGUGCUACCAAGCAAUGGACAGAAGGAUGAGGAAGAAUUUAAAGGGGCUGUAUAUUGUCCACCCAACAUUCUGGGUUAGAACAAUUUUCAUUAUGACAAGGCCUCUGAUCAGUACCAAAUUCAUGCAGAAAUUGCACUUUAUGAACAGUUUGCAGGACCUCUUGGACAUAAUUUUUAUAGACGACAUGCUCAUUCCUGGUGAAGUCAAACAACAGGAGUUUCAAAACAUGAUCCAAGAAAAGAAAAACCUGAAGAAAAAGAGUGGGAUUUGGUGUAAACUAUUUUGUUAAAUAGUAGCACAUUUAAGUUGUUCAAGAUAAAAACUUAGUAAAACUAUUUUACAUAAUAUUUAAAUGAUUAAACUUGUACGAGUACAAAUGUAUAGUAUGUAAUGUGAAUUUUUUUUUUUAUAUAUAUUUGUGAUAAACAGGAGGAUGUAUUGAUGGAGAAAUCACCUGUUUGGUACAGAACCUUUCAAUAAAUUGUAUAUAUUCUUAUAAAGCUACUCCAAAAAUAAUUUAAAGUUGAUUUUGAGAAUGUCGGCAAAAUGUAAAACCUCGACUUGAAUAGAGCUGUUAUGUAGUACAUUAUGAAUUUUGAUUAAUCUUUCAGAAUGGGUACUGAAACAGUGAAGUUUUGUUUACUAUAUCUCAUUCAAUCUUUUUGCGUAGUAAUUGACAGGUAUUUUUUUUUUUUAUAUUGUACAAAAGAAAUUAUCUGACUUUGUAGUAAAUAAUUUGUUCGAUAGGAAGAAUUUCAAGACGUGUGUAAACACUUUCUUAUGUAUUUGUGUGCGUUUUGUUUAAAAAUGUCUGAACACUUUAAUGACUAAUAUGUGACAAUAAACGUGGUUAAAU